AGGCACAACAUAUCGAUCAUACAUUUUUAAGGUUUGCAUUGCUACUAAAUUGGUAUUUGUUUGUGACGUACUGAUGAAAAUUAGUACGCAAUUUGUUUGUUUUACAUUAUUUAGUCGUUAUUUGUAGCAUAAAAGGAAGAUAUUAAGAAUAAAUUAUUUUGGUGCUGCAUAAGUAUAGAUAUUCUAUGAACUCAAAAAAUCAGAAACUAGAAACAGGCGACGGUGAAGCCUCAAGCGCUUCGGCUGGUUUAGAUUUGCCACCUAGACAGCUGUCUUCGCCCUCCACAAGUUACUGCGCAGACGGCGAUACAAUGAAGCGUGCCUCUGCCAAGAAGCUGAUUGAACGAUAUUUUUAUCAGCUGGUUGAUGGAUGUGGAAAUGAGAAUUGUGAUAAUGAGUACUGUGCUUCAAGUGGAAAGCUGAAACAGCUGACGCGCAACCAGGCGGCCGCCCAGGCCAUCCAGCUGUUCUCGAAGGACGCGAGACUGUGCGACGCCCAGCCGACGAAGGUGGCGAGGACUCAGUCGAGCAACUCUGUGACGAAGAACAGCGCCUCAGGGGACGACGGCAGCCUGAGGUUGCAGCCCGCGGCGACGGACCAGCCCGCGGUGCUGAGGAAGACGGAUCAGCCGGACAACCAGUGCGCCGCGCAGACCGCCACGAAAGACAAGCCGGUCCCGUUCCUGACGGAGGAGAGGCUGCUGGGCGUCCUGGAGACGUGCCGGCGCGAGGACUCGUACUCGCUCCUGAUCCGGACGCUGGGCGAGGUGUACUCGAGCGUGGAGAGCCUGAGCCGCAGCUUCCCGAGGGCCGGCCCCGAGUCCCCGCUGGACGCGCUGCUGGACCGGGCGCCGUGCGACCUGCACCGCCUCAAGAAGGAGGACGUGCGCACCUUGGAGGGGGAGCCCGACAAGGACGAGGACAGCAAGGAGCAGGGGGCGGGGGCCUGCUCCGUGGCGAGGGGCAGUCCCGACGAGCUGCCCGUCAGCAUCCCGAGCCUGCGCAGGGCGUACCACGCCCUCUUCCAGGUCCCCGGGCACGUCUUCGAGAGCGCGCUGGUGAACGCGCUCACCACGCUGGCCGGCGACAUGGACCUGGCGCUGCGCGUGUACCGCGAGGGCGCGGCUGACGUGGUGGCGGCCCUGGUGGUGGUCGCGGAGAUCCCCGUCCUCGGCACCUCGGAGUACCUGGAGCGCGCGCUGCCCUACCUGUGCAAGUCGGCGGCCCACCUGCCGCUGGGGGCGCAGGCGCGGCUGGCGCGGCUGUGGGCGCGGCACAGUCGGCCCCGGCUCCAGGGGCUGCUGGAGGCCCUGCAGCAGCUCGUCACGCUCAGGGUCAUCUCGGGCCGGUUCACCCGCGAGUACUGCCUGCAGGACGAGGAGGGCAUCACCGCCCCCACCAAGCUCAUGAAGAUCCUGUACUACGCCAACAUCCUGGCCGGGGAGCUGGACCCCCCGGAGCUGCGCCACGAGGACACCGCCGCCGCCCCCUUGGACGACACCCUCCUCAGUGACCUGGCGGUCAAGUCCCCCCGCCCCCCGCCUCCCGAGGACCCCCUGGCCGCGGAGCUGGGGGUGAGCGUGCUGGACUCGCGCCGGCCCCUCUUCCACUUCGCCGAGUUCUACAACGAGCCGCUGAGCGACGCCAUCGAGAUGGACAAGGACUUUGCCUGCUACAAGAGCGGGGAGAGCCUGUCCCACCUGGCCGACCGCAAGUUCAGCUUCAUGAACUACGCCUUCGUGCUGACGCCGGCCACCAAGACGCUGGGGCUGUACUACGACAACCGCAUCCGCAUGUACAGCGAGCGGCGCAUGUCCUUCUUCAACACGGUGGUGGGCCAGCCGACCAAUCCCUACCUGCGGCUCAAGGUGCGGCGGGACCACAUCAUCGAGGACGCCCUCGUGGAGCUGGAGAUGGUUGCCAUGGAGAACCCGAAGGACUUGAAGAAGCAGUUGGUGGUGGAGUUCGACGGCGAGCAGGGCAUCGACGAAGGAGGGGUGUCCAAAGAGUUCUUCCAGCUAAUUGUGGAAGAGAUCUUCAACCCAGACUAUGGGAUGUUCACGGUCCAGGAGGAGAUGCAGACGGUGUGGUUCAACCCCACGUCGUUCGAGAGCAACGCCCAGUUCACGCUGAUCGGCAUCGUCAUCGGGCUCGCCAUCUACAACAACAUCAUCCUGGACAUACACUUCCCCAUGGUCGUGUACAAGAAGCUGCUGGGCAAGCAGGGCACCUUCUGGGACCUGGAGGACUUCAACCAGGCCUUGUUCACAGGCCUAAAGGCCAUGUUGGACUACGAGCAAGAUGACAUGGAAGACACCUUCAUGCAGACGUUCCGCAUUUGCUGCAACGACGUGUUCGGGUCAACUUUUUUCCACGACCUGAAGGAAGGCGGAGACCAUGUUUAUGUUACGCAGGACAACAAGAAGGAGUUUGUGGACCUGUACGCAGACUUCUUGAUAAACACGUCUGUGGACAAGCAGUUCCGGGCGUUCCGCCGGGGCUUCCAGAUGGUCACUGACGAGUCUCCGCUGCACCUGCUCUUCAGGCCGGAGGAGGUGGAGCAGCUGGUCUGCGGCAGCAAGAACUUCGACUUCAACGAGCUGGAGGAGGCGACGGAGUACGACGGCGGCUACGCGUCGGACAGCCAGGUGAUCCGCUUCUUCUGGGACAUCGUGCACAAGAUGGCGCUGGAGAGCAAGCGCAAGCUGCUGCAGUUUGCGACGGGCAGCGACCGCGUGCCGGUGGGCGGCCUCAGCAAGCUCAAGCUCAUCAUCGCCAGGAACGGCCCCGACUCGGACAGGUUACCCACGGCGCACACAUGCUUCAACGUGCUGCUGCUGCCAGAGUACGACAGCAGAGAGAAGCUCCACGACAGGCUAAUGAAGGCCAUCAACUACUCCAAGGGCUUCGGGAUGUUGUAGUGCCGUGCCUGCCGUCGUUAUUUAUUUGACGUUCUCGUCGUGGAAACUGAACACACUAAACUGUGAUCAUCCAGUAAAUGGUGUUUUGCUCCAAGGAAAUGGGAGGUUUGCGACUUUGUCAUCCCGGCGUCCACCGUUUGUCGAAAAUGAAGUGUUGUUUGGGGGGGGGGGGGGGGGAUGCGGCUCAUAUCAUUAUUUUUUUGUUGAGAGUUUUGCGAUACCAUUUGCAGUUUUGUGUCUCGGAAUUCGGAUCGCCCUCUUGCCGAAGUAAGAAAUGAAUGGUUGUUUCAGUGAGGAAUCGACUGUCGAACACUUGACUAUGUGGCAAGCAGCUGUAGAUACGUGUAGGUCAGUGGCGUUGAUUGUGAGGUCAUGCCGUGGACGGAGUUGUAGGUUUUUUUACCGCGCGCCUGAAGGUAGCAGCUGUUUGGUGCGCCCGCUGGAAUGUGGUGUGUAUUACUGUAAAAUUGUAAGUAAAACAAUAGGUUUAAGACAAUCUAUAAAAAAAAAGUUAAAAAGUGCAUGAAGCAUUUUUUUUAAAAAUGAUUUUGUUGGAAGAUAAACUGUAGUUAUGCUGGAGUGAAGUGAUUUUAAGCUGUGAGAAUGAUAUUUUCCAAACACAUUAAUUAGACUUUUUUUUUUUUCAAGAUUGCGUGUGUUUUGAACCAAGGAAUGCCAACAUUGCGAUGGUCAUUGUGUUAACAAAGAAAAAUAAUGCAACAGUGAAGUAAAGGUUAAAAAAUACUAUUUUAAUCUCUCAAUUCGAACAGUUCCCAAAGAGAUGCGCUCUUGUCUGUAAAUUGAAAGCUGCUGUAAUUUCCUCGUGGUUUUGUACUGUAGAGCGUGCUUUUGAAGUGUUUCUGGUGCAGACUUACUUUUCUUGUCAGUUAGCAUUAUGUUUUGAAGAGUUUCCUGUAAUUUGUUUAUAAAAAAUUGAGUUUGCAUACAA